CGCGCCACGUAGUUUAUUUGAAAAUUCGAGAGGAACGAGACAUAUUUUCAAUCGUGGUUAAAACGUAACGAACGUUCCCAAUUAAAAUGAUGUGGCUAAGGAUAUUUCUUUUAUUCUUUAUUUUGGGAUUUAUAGACAUAGGCUAUACAAGUGCAAUAAAAUCGUCAUUUUCAUCACGUUUUGGCAGUAGCCGUACAUCUUCGAGUCAUCGAAUUUCUAAGCCUACGUUAUCCUCGGGUGGACAUCAUCCUUCAGGAGGGCACAUUUCGAGUUCGUCAGAUCAUGGAAAAAUUUCGUCGAUAAAUUCAAAGCCAUUAAAUACUGGGCAUAUGACCGGAAGCACAGUUACACAUCAACAAUCACAUAAAGAUAUCAAUACGCCAUUUUUACAUGGCGAAGGAGGUGGAGCAACAAAGCCAAAAACUGACGUAAAUCAUCAGACGUCUAACAUAGGCUUUAGCACAAACGCAAAACCACCAUCAUCGCCUUACGCUCCGUCAGCUCCAAUUAUACCAAUUCACGACUCGAAGCCUCUUUUUUCAUCUGCACCACCUCAAGCACCAUCUUUUGGACAAUCUGGUACACAUGUUAAUCAAGGAGCUGGAAUGCCUAUACACCAAUCUCCAAUUGGAUUUAAACCAGAAGUAUAUCCUAACAAUAAUUCGCCAAUUGGUUUUAAACCAAGCGUAUAUCCCAACAACAAUUUCGGAUCGCAAUCUUCACAUCCGCUUAAUCCUCCAUAUCCAUCACAUUCAAUGCCUUAUCCAAGUCAAACAAUUCCUCAUUCUAAUCCUGGAAGUCCAUAUAUACCUCCGAUGCCGCAACAACCGUUUGGUGGUCACUCAAUGAAUUAUCCUCAAGGACAUGCUCCAUUUCCUGUAACACAUAAUUAUCCGCUACAAUCCGGUGUUCCACAUUAUCCAAAUAUGCAAACAGGUCACCCAAUGAAUAAUCAUUAUGCACCUGGUGGUUAUGCACCUGGACCUGCUUUGUAUCCUCAACAACAAGGACAAUAUCUUGCUCAGCCUGCAGCACAACCUUACAUACCAGGACAAACAGUAUUAAUGGUACCAGGCCAGCAAAGUAGUGGUAGAGGUUUUGGUGAUAUGAUUAAGGAAGCUUUAGUAUUUUCAACUAUCAACGCUGGCGUAAAUAGACUGAUCAAUCCUCAUCAACAUUAUUACGAGCCUAGACCAAGUGGUACCGAAGGUUCGACUGGUGGCAGUACUGGUACAACAACACACAUAACUUACAAUAAUCAGUACUUUAACAAUUAUCCCGCCAAUGGAACAAUGGACCCACAAAAUAUGGGUUCUCCUCCAAAUCCAAUGUACAAUCCUACUGGAUCGAAUCCAUUGCAAAAUCCAACUUUACCGAUGACUAAUACCGGAGUCUAUUAUCCACCAUCUAAUAUUCCAAGUGUAUCGGAUGGGAACAAUGAUGCUAGAUUACCGAAUCAGUUAGGUGUAACCGGUGUUUCAAUGAAAAAUGAUCCAAAUUUGUACGUUCAAGGAAAUGAUUCUAAUAAACAAGUAAAUAAUACAAUUGCUAAUACGGCUGAUAUUUAUCAGUAUUUUAUUAGCGAUAAUGAUCUUUACAAAAUAUCAGAAGAUCUAUUUGCCCAAGAAGAACACAAUGUAUCUAAAUAUAUAGUAAUAAAUUUGCAAGCUCGUUCAAAGCCUGGUAACAUAACAGACGUCGCUGAAAGACCAUUGUUAUACGUAGAACCAGAGGUAUACAAUAUUUUAACGAUCAAAGUUAUUCGCAUGUUGUACGACAAUUAUGAACGUAAUUCAAGUAAAAAAGAAAACAGAACUUUCGAAAAACGUAUGGAGGAAAAUCUUUUUCUGGAUACUAUUUUAAAUACGAAUGUUAUGCACACAGCGAUGAAAUGGUUGUCAUCACGUGGCUUCAUUGAUCCCGACGACUUUGAAAGAAAAGACAUUCUACGUCACAUUUGGUUCACCCAAUUUAGUGGCACUUCUUCAGGAUUUGAACGUGUCUUCGCUUCAGAGAUUUAUGGUGAUACCGAUAUUUUAGGUGUGCAAGAUUGGAUUUACUUUGAUCACGAAGAAUCGUCCAAAAAUAUCAAUUAUAUGGGAUACGUUGAUAAAAUGGAUCUUGGAAACAAAGCUUCAUUAGUUAAAUUAAAUUUAAAAAUGAAUGGUAUCAUCAGACCAAAUGUCACGAUAUUCGUGGGUACGACGCCAGAACUUGAAAUGGCUUUAUAUACGAUAUGUUUCUAUGCUAGACCAAAUAAUUUGUGCCCAGUAUCACUUGGCAAUACCACGUUCAAUAUUUAUACUCAUGCCUUCAGAUACUAUGGGAAGGAUCUUAUAGAUCUCGCACUACCAAUCUUUUAAAUACAUUUCAAUUAAUUAAGUAAAUAAGAUAAAGAAUUAUAUAUAAUAAACAAAAUAUUACAAUUUACAAAUA